UGCCCCGGUGCGGCGGGCGCGGGGUGCUCGGAGCGCGGCCGCCUCGGCCCGGCCCCGCGUCCCCUCCGCGCUGACAGCCCGCCUCUCCUCUCUUCUUUCUUUUUUUUUUUUUUUUUUUUUUUUUUGAAGUGUGACUGAAACAAAACAAAGCAAAAGGGACGCUGGAUCUAUCAUUGGUUGCUUUUCCUCCUCUUUUUUUUAUGAUCCCAAACACCCCCCUCCAGAGCAAACAAACACACACAAAGCAGAGCAGGGGCCGGCCGGCAGCAGCAUGGAUGUCUUGGCUAGUUAUAGUAUAUUCCAGGAACUGCAGCUUGUCCACGACACCGGCUACUUCUCAGCUUUGCCAUCCUUGGAGGAAAACUGGCAGCAGACAUGCCUCGAGUUGGAGCGAUACCUUCAGACUGAACCACGGAAGAUCUCUGAGAGCUUUGGUGAGGACUUGGACUGCUUCCUUCAUGCCUCCUCAGCUCCAGAUGCAGAGGACAGUAUCCGACGGCUGGAUCCCAUUCUUUUGCCGGUGGAGACAAGUAUGUGUGACAAAAGCGCCAACAUGGACAUUAUCCUCUCACGGGACAAGCUGCUGUCUGAGACGUGCCUCAGCUUGCAGCCCACCAGCUCUUCCACAGAAAGCUACACGGCCGUUAACCAGGCCCAACUCAAUGCAGUAACCUCAUUAACACCCCCUUCCUCUCCGGAGCUCAGCCGCCACCUCGUAAAAACCUCACAGACUCUCUCGGCGGUGGAUGGCACAGUGACUUUGAAAUUGGUGGCCAAGAAAUCUUCCCUCAGCUCCAUGAAAGUGAGUGUAGCGGCAGCAACCGCGGGGACAAUAAAGAGCGGGCAAAGUGACAGUGAACAAGGAGGACCAGGACUGGAAGCAUCUCCAGAAAACAAGAAGAGGGUUCACCGCUGUCAAUUUAAUGGGUGCCGGAAGGUUUAUACAAAGAGCUCCCACUUAAAGGCUCACCAGAGGACUCAUACAGGUGAGAAGCCUUACAAGUGCUCGUGGGAAGGGUGCGAGUGGCGUUUUGCACGGAGCGACGAGCUCACGAGGCAUUACAGAAAGCACACGGGUGCAAAGCCCUUUAAAUGCAACCAUUGUGACAGGUGUUUUUCCAGGUCUGAUCACCUUGCCCUCCACAUGAAGAGGCACAUCUAAGUAUCUGUCAGCUUGGCAUGGAUGACAUCUGAGCUAAGUGUUGUGAGAUGAAGUGGAACUCAAGUUAUAAUGUGCUGCCUUGCAAGAGAAGAGAACUCUAUCACAUGUAACCCUCUGUACAGAGACCACACACUCACACUGUCAUACACCCAGUUAUACUUCAAUACAUCCAUUGGUUCUUUAUGCCUUGCCCCAGCUGGAUGGGAGAAGAUGCAGGCGAGGAAAUGCUGUAGAGGUGAAGUCAAUGAAAAGGAACAAUUGCUUACAGUACUUCGUCUCUCUUGGAUUUGUUUCCUGGUUUUGCCAAUGGAAAACAAAGGAAAUGGAGGAGGCUUCCCUGCAGGUGGACGGCAGUAGGAGGGGCUUAUUUAACUUGCUUCUCAGUGCAACUCAAUAGGAGAAAAUGUCGUCUUGAAGUUGCAUAUUUGUAGCACUAACUUUCUUUUUAAAUAGAUGGGGGGAAAACAAUGACCUAGAAAACCAAAUCCCAGUUUGGUAGCCAAAUUAACCUCGUGGUUCAUUUGUUCUUUGUCUGAGGAUUCCUAAUGUUCAAUGCAUCAGACUUUUCACAGACACUUUGAUCUGUCUUGGUUUUUGUUCUUCUUCCUAGAACUGAGCUAUUGAGAUUCAUUUAAGUCAAUACCAGUAGCCUUAAUGGCAGUAGACUGUGGAGUGACACUUGUUACACAAAUAUCCUCUCUUUGGCCUGAGUUUAUGUAGACUUCACGGAGGACUAUGUUUUGGUUUUGUUCUUGUUUUUGUUUUAAUUUUUGUUUUGGCUAUUGCACAACAUAUGCACUAGGGACUCUGGAAGCUGCUGCCAUGAUGGCUAAGUGGCCAAGGGAUAAACUUUGAGAAACAGUAUCUAAUAUCUCUGUAGGCCUCACCUUAUUGCCAUAGCUAGAACUUCUUGUUUAUUUGUUGAAUGAAAACUUUAAAAGCUUAUUUGGAAGCUUAAACCUUUUUUUUCCUCUUUUCUCUACGAACAAGUGAUCUUCAGAACUCCUUGUCUGCACCUGGAUAUCGGUCUGGGACUGGCCACACAGGCAUGACUACGGGAUUCCUUCCACAUCAUGUGAGCAUGUUAGCCACAACUCACAGUGACUUAGUGAUGAAUUAUGUUGCUUUGUCUCGCAGUUCUUCUAAUAACCAAUUUAAAACAUUAGACUUUUGUUUGCGUAAAGAGCACCUGCAGACAUUUUAAUUUAAACUUGAUGUUUUUCGAACAUCUUACACACUCACAUACAAACAAGCCAAAAAUCCUGCUCCAGUCUCUGAGUGGGAAAUAAAGAACUUCUUCCAAGUACAAUGGCUUCAUUCAGCAUUAGCCUUUUAAAGAAAUAAUGAAAGUCCUCCUUUUCCAUUCAUCAAGUUGAUGCUGUAGCCUGCUCCUAUGUGUAACAGUGUAAACAGUGAAGGAAGGGUUGGGUUUUACGUACAGCAAUGAGACUUUUCUGAAUGAUUGAUCUAAAGUGCUAAUAACCUUGAGGCCCGUUUUGGCCUACUGUGUGAACCAUCAAGGGAAAGUGAAGGUCUCAUGCUCACCCUUCAGUCCUAUUGGUAAUUUGAUUUUGUUGGGCACAAAGUGGAUUUAAAGUCUUUGUUACAAAACAAACAAAAAAGCAUCUUACGAUAACUCAUGUUUGAAACUAUUUGGCGCUGGCCCUGACUCCAAAGACUGCAUUUAGGACCAUGAAGAUGGCUUGUGCAAGCAGGCGUGUGGUCAUUAGAUUGUAUACUUUGUAUGUUCUGGGACCAUCUCUAAAGGAUGACUAAAAAUUAAACAAAAUGGUGCAUGGUCCACAAAUGGUUGCUGCUCUUUUAUACUGUAUUAGCCAGCUGCCCUUCUUUGACUGUUUUGACACAUUGACUGUUAAAUAUUUCCCUUAAUUCAUGUUUUAGGAAUUGAAACUGUACUCUUGGGGAAAAGAACAAACAAGAAACUCAAUAGAUGUUUAAGAGCUGUCAUCGGGAUCCUUGGCACUUGAAUUCUCAGAAUUUUGCAACCUUUGGUUCCAGUGAGAGAUUGAAUUUACUCAAAAGAUGCUGGUUUUCCUCACAGUUCUUGCAAAGCACUGUGACUGUCAACUGAAUGCUUUUGGGACAGGAGGGAAAUACAAUGUCUGGCCCAUAUGGCAUGAAAUAUGGACCAAAAUCUAACCAUCUUUUAGGGGCAAUGAUGUAACAUUCAUGAUAAGAGAGGGAGAGAGAGAGAGAGAGCAAAAGUGAGUGAGAGGAAAAGAAAGGUAGAAGAGGAGAAAGAAAGAAAAUUGAGUUUAUUCCAAAGAUUUAAAACUAACCAUGCUAUGUAUACGUAUGUGGAGCACUGCUUGCUGACAAUCUUGUAUUUCUCUGCUUCUGUGUUUGCAUACUUUUUAUGACCAUUCCAUCCAGCUGUUCUACUGGGACUGAGGGCCCUAGAAUUCAAUUUGUAUUGGAAUAUAUGGAGCAUCCUGCCAGAUGUCUAAUGGAAACUGAAACCGCAGCUGUGUGAAACCAUAGAACAUCCAGUCAGUGCAUUACAUUAGAAAAAGGUUAACAGAAUCCUAGAAUUUCAUUACUGUAGCAUCCUAAAGUAUAUGCUCUCAAACUCACUGCUAUGGUACUCUUUGGCUGUGAACCUGCAUAAAUAUCUUUCCUUGACCUCUGAACACACCUGCCUUUAGACAUGCUAACAGUAGCCUACAAAUCAUAGUUAUUAAGUGUCAGUUUAAGUACCAGUUAUUCCAGUUUUCAUUUGUGGUCUUGUUGAUGUCUCAUUUAAAUAUGGCAGAACAAGGGCCCCAUGGGAAACAAACAAACAUGCUGAAAUGUAUGAUUAUUUUGUUCUGAAGACAUGCUUACAAUUUAAAUCCUGGGUCUAUCUAGCUAUAAAAACAUAGAAGAAAAGAGGAUAGCAGACUUAACCAGAUUUUAGACUUAACAGGCUCUUUCUGCUGCAGGUCUUGAACUCUGAAGCCAAAUUUGGGGCUUUGAGACCAUCUUUUCUGUUUCUUAAGGGAGGUGUUUUUCACAAGUGUGUUGUGUAUUCUGUCUGUCUUUGCACUUCAGUUCUUGGGUUCUCUUUUGCAAGUGUCUUAAUCAUUACUGAAAUUUCAAACCUUAACUUGUAUUUUGUAGGAGUCUCCAUUUUGGAAAGGCACAUUCCAGGAGUCAUUUUUUACAAUGACAGCUUUUCUUUCCUUGCAGAUAUUUCAAGCUGUACACUUCAAACCUGAGUAAUGCAUUAUAGCUAGAUCCUUUUUGGACUGUAUCCCCUUGCUAAAGUUGUACAGAUAUUCUCUAUUUAUAAAUUAUGAGUAGAAAUAGACUAAUAAGGAAAGGCAAAUCCAUUCUAUAGGUCUUCUUUGGAAGCAAAACCAUAAAUAGAUGAUUUGGUAACGGCAGAACAGCAGCCAGGUCUUUCUGGCUUUUCUGAAGUAAUUCAAAUGUGAUUUCCAAGGCCGUGGAGCUGUAGAAUGAGAACAAAUUGAGACAAAUAUCACGGAAAAUAGUAUGCAUGGAAGAAAUGUCCCUUUCUGUGAAUAGUAAAUAGCAUUUUGGAGCAGAGCAUAGAAUCAAUCAUAGGAGAAUGCAGGUGGGAGGGGAGGUCCAGAGGCCCAGAGGCCAUCUCAGCCAACCUUUACCUAGAGCUGGGUGCUCAGGGCUGUGUCCAGUAAGUUUUUCAAUGCUACCAAGGAUGGAAACUUUGCAGCUACUCUGGUAUAGGCUGGUCUGGUAUUUGACCACUUAAAUGUUUAAAAACAAACAAAAACAAUUGAAAGAUAAAUCUGUAUGUCAAGUAGGAAUUUCCCAUGUUCUGACUUGUUUGCUGUCUCUUCUACUGUGCACUGAUAUGAAGAGUCUGACUUCAUUUUCUCCACCAUCUCUGUAGGGUGUUUGUAAACAUUAAUAAGGUCUACCCUUUUCUCUUCCUAAGAUUUAACUGUGUCCACAGCCUCUGUUCAACUGUCAUGUGCUCUGGCUCCUGAUCUCCUGGGUGGAGCUCUGCUAGACUUGCUUCAGUAUCUCAUUAAUUUUCUUGUAAGGGAAGACCAAAACUGGACAGAAUAUUCUGGAUGAAGAUGUACUUUAUAUGUAACAGUGUUGAAAAAUCAUUUAGAAAGUACCAGUAUCAAGAUUUUUCUAAUCGGAUUUACUAAAUUUAUUAAUUAUGUUUAUGGAAAUACAUUUUUUAUACUGCCAGAUUGAGGCCUGGCAAGCAAAAAUCUGUGUUUUCUAACACAAUCAUCACUUUUUUUUUUAUCUUAAACUGGAAAAAUGUUAUCACUAGUAUCAAACACGGGGACGUAUAUUUUAGUCACUUUUUAGAACAAAGCAACACUUCAGUGCAUCUUUGCGCUGCUGUUUUUUCCCCCUUAGGAGAAAAGCAACCUAAAACAUCAUGGGUAUUUUAUAAAGAGUAGUUUAACAGGUUUAGAGAGUCAGUUAUUUUUCAUUGUCUCAGAUUUUCUCUCUUUCAAGAGCCAGCAUUCAGUCUAGAAAAUUAUUUCACCUGGAUAGACUAGGCAAAGGAACAAAAGAAAUCCUAUUUCCAGGACUGAAAUCCUGCAUUUAUUCAGUGUCUUGGACAAAGCCCUGAGCGUUCUGAUUUAAGUGAACUGUUUUUUAAGUUGAGGGUAAGAUUAAGUAACCUCCAGAGGUACCUUCCAACAUUAAUAUUUUUUUGUUCCUGUGAUUCAUAUCAGAGCCCUCUGUAAUUAAAUGUGUACUGGUUAUGGCUCUUCUUAGUCUUGCUCCAGCAGAGCAAACUGUAGAAUGGGCCUGUAGGAUUUUUCUCUAACUCUGAUAGUUUAAUCCUUAUUACCUUUGUUUCUUCAUGAGGAAGAUGGAAAAAAAUCUUGAAGCAGCAAAAAACAACUUAGCAAAGCAGUUUGAAGGAAUAUCUUAUCGUGAGAUGUGUCACAGCUGCAGGGACCAACCAAAGAUUGUGGAAACAGAUUUACUAGCCUGGAAGACCUAUGUUAUGUCUCCAAAAUGAUUCCCAGUACCUGAAAUCUCUGCCAACUUUUAUUUCUAUAGAAGUGAAUAAUAAAACCUUUUCUUCCUUUUCCAUUCUUACUUGCCUCAGAUAUUUUGGAUUUGGGUUUGCUGUAUUAUUAAAAUACCACAUUUUCACUUAAUACCCAGAAAACAUUGACCAAACAUGAUCAGACAGAAGAACCUAAAUGCGAGAAAAGCCUCCAGUCCCUUGAUUUUUGGGACUGUUUUACCUUCAGGUCUGAAAAAGGAUAAUCACAAAGGUUGUGGCUAAAAUGGAGUUGAAUAAUUGCAGUGAUUGAGUGUAUUUUAUCUAUGACCUUUUUGAUAUUUACAGAAUCAGGCUUUCUUCUUCAUUUUAUCUGACUUGAGACAAUUUGGGCUUUUUUAGCCGUCUCUAACACAAAGGUUCCUCCUAUUUAACAAACUUCAUUUGUCUGUGUACAGAAGAGGUCAUAAUUGGUGCUUUUGGCAAAACUGAUGAAAAUCCAACCGUCUUAAGGGUUUCCUUUUGUCUCUCUUUUCCUUAAGGUAUCAAAAUCUUUAAAUUUAGGAAAAAAAAAACCACCAGAGGAUCAUUUUUACGUAAUUUGAUGUUACCUGGUUAGCAUCCAGUUAAUCAAGGGCUUUUAUUCUUGAUUUUAUUCAGGACAUAGCACAUCUAGACAUUCCAUCCAGCAAGACUGUUUUUUAGCUUUUGUAUUUCUAGGUGACGCCUUUAACCCAACACUUUUUGAAGUACUUUUUGCUGAUUUCAGAUAGAGUUGCCCUUGCAAAGGUCAUCGCAUAUCAAGAACAAUAACAGUGCUUGACUAACUCUGUGGUUUUGGCUUGAAAA